AUGCCUGGCCUGUCGGUCAUCCGCAGAACCUUUGCACGGUCUCGAUUCCUACGAAACCUCAAAUUAUUUGCCAGAGACUCGUGGAGCGACACACUUCUAUUGAUUCUAGUGUCAGGUCUAACCUUGGCCAUCUACUCGAUCCCCUAUCGACCACCGAUAUUGAUUCGAGUCUAUGAUGUCGAAUAUGGCCGGGUCUACAACCAUCACCUCGCAUACCCGUACCAAAAGCCAAUAUUUUCUAGCCUCGUCGCUGGUCUCGUCGCCUCGUUGAUCCCCAUGGCCGUCGUCAUCAUCGCUCAAAUAUGGUUUCGGUCUUUUGCCGACGCAACUGCAGCCAUCAAGGGCCUUUCGUAUGCCCUCACUGUCGGCACAUUGUUCCAGGUUGUACUGAAAAAAUUCAUUGGAGGUCCCAGGCCACACUUCAUUGACGUUUGCAAGCCCAUUUCUUUACAUUACGGCCUCGGUCCAGGCGCCAAUCUGUACACGUCGGCCAUUUGCCGGGGCAAGGACCAAGGCAGAACCAACUAUGCUCUGCAGACUUUUCCGUCCGGACACUCUGUGGUGGCUUUUGCCGGUCUAGGGUUUCUCGCAAUCUACCUUUACACUCAUCUGAAAAUCGGAGAUCCGAGGAUCGAUUCAAGCAUGGGAUUCUAG